AACACACGUGCCAACAACAAAGAGGAGAUGGAGAAAACUAAACUCUGGAUCUUGAAGUUCACGAAGGACGGGGGUGUGUAUGCUUCCGAAGAACCGCCGUCCGUUGUGCUUCUCUUGUCUCCCCGCGGACCGGCUGCUACCACUUCUAGGAAACUCCGCCAGCCGCUGGAAGUCGGAGACUUCGUUUUGGCGGGCGGAAAGAGAGCGCGGAUUCGGAACAUCUUUCUCUCGCAGUCUCAAGGUUCCCUCGCCCAACUGUUCUUUAUCGAUACUGCUGAAGAUGGAACAGCACCACUUCACCAUCUCUCACCUCUGCCUGAUGCCCUCAUGGAAGACCCACCAUUGGCACAGUACUUUACCCUCGCAGGACUAUCUCCUCACGUCCCCAAAGAACCGUCAGAAACUUCGUCACGUGUGAAACAAGCCUUGAAGAAAUGCGUGGGGAGGGCCGCCACUUUCCAUCUACAAGUGUGGCCCGUGUUUGCUAUGAACAUGCUCAAAAUGAUUGUCGGUUGCCCUGGCAACCUGGACGAGGUCGAAGUUCGCGUCGACAUGAGGCCGGGGGGUGAAAUUGUUGUAUACUGCAACACGACAGAAGGGGAGCUGAAUUUUAAUCAGUAUCUAAUUUCCGUGAAUUUUGCUGUUGUCCGCCGCCCGACGCCAAAAGCCACCUCUUCUUCUGGCCAACUCCCAAGUCCUCAGCAGUUGAUGUGUGCUCUCGAGAGCCUGAACAAGCUAAAGUUUGAUUACCCAGAUGAGACUCCGAGUAGACCUGGUAAACCAGCUCGGAAAACCAGUUCAAAACCAGUCACUCAAGAAACUGAGGAAGAGCCGAUACCGUACGCCUACCACAAGGUGUACAUUGAGAGUGUACUGGACACCAAGCCGUGCGUCUCUCUGGAAGCAGCCGGUUUUCCCGGCUCCGUCUGCAAGGUACUCGCUCGGCUAGGAUUCCAGACUCCGACUCUGGCCCAGGGCGCAAGUUGGCCGCUUGUCGGAAAAGACAAGAGCCUCACAAUCAUCGUGUCUCCACCACACUCGGGGAAGACGCUCGCCUAUCUCCUCCCGCUAGUCACGAAGCGAGAGGUUUCCCACCCACGAUAUGACAACGUGCCUCAUCCGCGGCUGAUCGUGGUGGUCCGCAGCAGUUGGAGUGCUCUGGCUGUCCACACGCGGGCAGUGGAGCUGAUGUCAGCACAGUCCGCUCACCGACGCUUCAGGUGUUGUGCUGCAUACAAAGCUCAAGAAAAGGCCAUUCUUCAAGUUCUCAGUGGUGUGGAAGUAUUGGUGUGUACUCCGGACUGCCUUCUCCAACUCAUCGAUAAGACUGUGGCUCAACUCGACUCCCUGGCCUACCUGGUGCUGGAUGACUUUGAAAAGCUGCAGAAGAAUUUUUCGACGGAAAUUUCCAAAAUUCUCGCGCUGUGUUCCAGUUCAACCUGUUCCGGUCCUGUCGGCGUCGUCGUGACAACCUCCCAGUGGUCCGAGGCAGUUGAAGCCGUUCCGUCGCUGGUUUCUGACCACACCCACCUGUGUUCUAGCCCCGCCCACCUCGUUAUUGCCUGUCCCAUUGAAGCUACUGUCAGAGCAAGAGUAAAAAUGAGUGUGAUUCCAUGCCUGGAGGUCAAACCAGAGUCCGUUCUGCCAAAGCAGCUGUCCCUGACGGGCCCUGGUAGUUGCACGGUCGUGUGUGUCGCUACCACGGAGACGGCCGAUAGGGUGUUGCGAAAUCUGCACCGUCAGUGUUUGUCGGUUGCCGUGGUGAAAGAGGGCGAGAAGAGGAACUUGAAGGAGCUGUUUAAGAAACAGCCUGUAGUUGUUGUGACUGACGGUGCAGUACCAUUACUGAUCCAGACAGGGCCUCUCGUUUCGAUCGUCAUCCAUUAUGAACUACCCACCAACAGGACGGCCUUCACUAACAGACUUACCCUCCUAUAUCCCGCCAUUCACAGAGGUGUGUCCUGUGACCACAGUAUACUGCUGACAGAGAGGUGGAACAGACAGGCUGGCCUCCUGAGUGACAUGAUGGAGAGGAUGGGUCAGAGCUGUCCAGAACCUCUACUUCAUAUGGCUGAAAAACUGCUGCAGGAGAAGGAGGAGAAAAGGAAGGAGUUUGAUCUCUGCUAUGACCUGAAGGCCUGGGGAGUGUGCUCUGACCCAAUCUGUUCGUACCGUCACGUUCACACCAUCUCUCCCUCCUCCUUCCCCUCUCCUCAACCACUAGACCUUCCCAAAGAUGGGUCCAUAAAGGUGAUGGUAAAGUACGUCUCAACUGCCACCAGAUGGUGGGUCUCUCUUCUUGGCCACGCCCCCUUGUACAGAGGGGCGGAGCCUGUGAAGUCUCACGACCCGGACGGACUUCUGAAGAUGUCGUUCAAUCUGGCGGAAUACUUCACUCCUGACAGACAGAGAAACACUCUCCACAGUGUGCCUGCAGAAGGCAACUACUGUGCACUGAGGGACAGAGACGGCUCCUUCUACCGCGUGAGGAUCCUCAAGUUUUCUCAACCUCUGGAGUUCAUGUUCCAUCACAGAGAGAAAGCCCUAGUUCGACUGAUUGAUGUGGGAGAAGCAAAAAUCGUCGACGUUUCUCAACUUCUUGAACUCCCUCGGCAUCUUCUAGCUACUCCGGCCAACGUAUUUGAAAUCUUCGUCUGUCGAAUCAAACCCUCUGAUUGCGAUCCUGACUGGCCUCCCCAGGCGGCUGAAAUGAUGGAGCGGGAGUACAGGAAUCAGACAUUGCACGGUCGAGUUUCACUGGUCAGUGGCGAGACUGUGUGGCUUCAUCCCAUUGAAAAGAAAGUGCACCACAAAGUUUCAAAUAUCGUGGCAGCCCUGACGAGUCCACAACAGCAGCUGAAGGACACGAAAAUGGGAGAAAACAAUCCACAACACCUCGUUAAUCUUGCUAAUUGCCUGGGGCUACCCCUCGUUAGAACAGAGAAUGUCGUAACCAUUGACGACCCUUGUGUAAGUUUUGCGAGUUUGAAGAACGAGAAAGGAAACUAUGUAGAUGUGUGUGUGUCGGCUGUAGACUCACCAAAACCGGUUUUACCUGCAACCAAUGGCAACAGAGAGUCGGGUAAUCGAGUUGGAAAACUCGCUCAACCAGUAUCGCGGGGUGUGCUCCAUGGUGGUCCAGCCUCUGGCAGUAGGCAGCGUGUGCGCAGCUCAGUUCAGCGAGAAUAGGAGCUGGUACAGGGGGUGUGUCCUUCAGGUCGAAGGUCACGAGUCCAAGAUCCGGUUCCUGGAUUACGGGAACGUAGAAUGGGUUAUGAACCACCUGGUUCAGCCCAUCCACCCCAGUCUACUGGAGCUCCCAUUCCAAGCCAUAUGUGCCACUUUCGGGAUGGACGAUGCAGAGUGGGGGACAGAAGCAGGGGAACUUCUCUACGAAUGGACCCGUGAAAUUGUGCUAACAGCCAAGGUGAAAACCGUGGCUCCGUCUUCGAGCAAGCUUUUGCACGGGCCCGAGUGUGCCACGGUUGAACUGUUUGAGAAGAGUAGCAGCUGUUCCGACGGGCUAGGGACCAACGUUGCUCUGCGGCUCCCUGGAGCGAGGCCUCAACCAACUGAACCACAACCAAAGCCUGUCUAUAAAGAGGUAAACCCUGCCUUUGAGAGACUGUGUCUCACUCUCUGCGAUGAUCAACCUCUGGACGAGAGGGAGGCCCUCGCCAUGGCGAUCAGGAAUGCCGUCUUCAACAAACCUGGGCUCUGUGUGAGUGGGCGUGCCCUCGAGUUGGUAUGUGAGGUGGCUUGUGACACGCCCCCCUCUGUCUCCAUGCCACUCCUGGAAACACUGCGUGUGUUGUCCGCAUUCCAUACCAAGUAUAAAAAUCAGAGUGAGCUGUCAUACACUGUCCUGUGAUUUUUGCAGGGUUUGUAUUGAGCUCUCAAGUGACAGCUGCCUCUCCCAUCUUAUCAAGUUGCUCCAGAACACACCUUCUCAAGCUGUUCUUUCAGAGACACUGUCGCUAAUGGUGUGUCUGUUGAUGUACACGACCGACUCCUCUGUGCUAUUGACAGAGGUUACCAUGGAUAUGUUGAUGGGUGUGUUCCGUAACUACGGCAAUGACAGAGUUGCUAGGCAACGGCAAGAUAUCCUCAAGCCCCUGAUCUCAAUACUGUGUCACGUCACUACUAAUAAGCAACAGUUGCUGCAGGUGACCAUCUCUCAAGGAGUGGUUCCUUUGCUCUGCAGCUGGCUGGUCAAUGCCAGCGACCUUCCUCCGAUCUCGUACCACCGUUGCCUUGUCAACCGUGUACUUUCCAUGUUAGGGGGUGUGGCCAAACUGCCACGUUACUGCCAUGAAGUUUCAAACUUUCUUUCUCUGGAUAGCCUAAACACCCACCUUCUUUCAUCCAAUGAGUUUGCCCAUCCAGUACUGAGGCUGCUUGUCGUGCUGUCAGUCUUACCUGAAUUUGCAUCAAAACUCUACUCAAGUGUACUACUGAAGACCAUCUUCAAAUUAACGGUGACGUCAGCCAUAACUCGGGUUUUGCUGUGCUCGCUGAAGCAGAAUCUACGACUGGUGGAAACUAACUUAAAACACUUUGUUUCUAAUUGGGACAUCGAUAUCAUUUCAACUGCUAAGGAGUGCUCUACCUGCUGUAAAGAAAAUGGAAAAUCGAGACCGUCUCUUGCGAAGGGAAAGACAGCACCAACUACUGGGAAAGAAACCCGAACCUCGAAGCCUUCAACGCUGCAUCCCCAUGUACUGUGUAGUCAGAGAGAAGAAACAGCUCUGCUGGCUGUCCAGCUCAGAGGGUGUCGUGUGGGGGAGACAAUCUCUAACUUCUCACAGACGACCGUCAAAUUCAUAACUAGUGUUUGGGAACAGGAGUACCAGUUUGACGUUGAAGUCUAUGCCCCUAUAAAACCAGAGGCAUGUUCAAUGACUGUGACUGGCUCAGAGGUUCUUCUAAAACUCGUUAAGGCUGCACCGGGGGUGUGGCCUCGGCUCACCCACGGCAACCAGAAAACGGUUCACAUCAGUAUUGACUUCGAUCGCUGGGAGGACAAGGAGUUUGGCAUUCUCGGAGCAAAUAACAAGAGCUGGUUGGCACCUCCUGCCGCGUCAAAAACGGCGUCUUACAUUAACCCUGUUCUCACUGACUCUGACCUGGACUCCGAGACGGGCAGCGGCUGUGAAGAAGACGGAGACGAGGAAGAAGAGGAGGAGGCAGGCAAACAGGCGUGGCAAGACGACCUUGACUUGGGGUUCGGAGACUAACAACCUUCCUCUUUUGAUGUACCACUGUUUUUUAUAUCCGUGCUGUAUAUAUGUACAUAAAUAUAAUGCUAAUUAAACGACGUUAUAAAAAUAUUCUCAUUGUUCUUUUCUGCUGCUAUGGCGACGGAAAAGUUCCCUUGUCCUCGUGUGGAGGAGAGAGAGAAGAGGUGAAAGGUCGCUAGAAGGCGGGAAGGAUUGAACUGCACGCAGCAUGUUGCGCAAUUCCUUGCAACUAGUUUCCAGUGCUGACUCUGAUAGCGCAUGUGCUUGGAUGUUGUUUUGGAUGGCGUCCACCCAGGCGCUCCUCUCCUCGUUGCUAGGGGCAAUCAUGUAGAAUGUUCUGGAACAGCUGUCGGAGUUGGAGACGGAGAUUGUCUGGCUUCUGAACACCUCGGCUACUCCGUCUUGGGAGAGGAGAUUCUACAUACACACACACACACAUACAUGACGCACACACUAUAGCGCAUACAAUAAUGGCAAAGCUCUUUAUCCCAAUGUAUGCACAAAUAGUGGGGUAAUUAAGCCUUCGCUUAGUGCAUGACACACAGUACAGUACGUAAUAUUUAUAUUCAACACAAUUCAUGUAUACUACCUGUACCUACGCACAGCAUGCAGUUACAUGCUGGGCUGGGCACAGGUAGCUGCAUGACCAACUGUCGACACAUUAGGCCACUCAGGGAAAGUGCAUGAAAAAUGGUGUCAUGUAAUAAUUAUUAUGGGGCAGGCAGUGUUAAAGCCUGGCAUUAGAUUCCCCAGGGGCACGAUCGACUGAGAUGCUGGAACAUACACUGAGUGAGGAGGCAAAGUUGUCAGGUCUGUGGACUCCAAAACAGCGGACCACUGAUAUAAUGGCGUUGGGCGGGGUCUUAGCAACAGCAUCAGACUGACGGGCGGUUCCCUGAGCGAUGGGCUUGACCCACGCUCUCGGGUGGAGCCUGAUGGCUCCGCGAGGAAUGGAAUCCUGGGAAUGAGUGUAUGUUUGCAUGAAAUCGGAAACAACCAACAGGAGUGAGAUGGAAUGCAAUCACAAGUCACAUGGGAAUUGCUAUAUACGGCAACACAAGGACACACCCAUGCAUGCAUGAAACAUCACACCAGAGAGGAACAACAUAACAAUGCUCAAAUGGCAGCCAUAGCACUGACCACACCAGUGGUGGAUCCAGGGGGGUUCCUUGGGUUCUGCAGAAUCUCCCUUUUCGUCGUUUUGCGCGCAUGCGUUGCUGGCCUUGUGCGGGCGCACGAGCGCAGUCGAAAACAGAGGAACCCCCCCCUUUCAAAAUCCUAGAUCCGCCGCUGCACACACCCAGAGCAAUAGGCAGAGCAAAAGCAA